AUGGAAGGCGGACCUACUCCCUUCUUCUACAGACACGUGCCGAAGAAUGUGCUACUUGUUCUGUUGAGCGUUCUAUGCCUGCCUUUCUCCUUGGGACUGACAGCCAUUGCCCUUUUGCUCCGCGGCUGGCAAAAGCCGAAUCCAUCAAAAGAGGGAGGCAUUCAUAGCGGCCACAAGACAAUCUUGGUGACGGGUAUCUCUAUGACCAAAGGCCUGACUAUUGCUCGCCUCUUAGCUCAAAGCACCCCCCACCGCAUCAUAGCUGCCGACACCGAGUCCGUGCCGUUCACGUCGCCGGGACGAUAUUCCCGCUCCAUCGCCAAAUUCUACGCAAUCGAGGAGCCCAUCAAUCACAAAAAAAGUCAUUACAUUCAGACUCUGCUGAACAUUCUCAAAUCCGAGAGGGUGAACCUCUGGAUCAGUUGCAGCAGCGUAACUGACGCCAUUGAGGAUGGUGAAGUCAUGAAGAUCGCGCAAGAGAUGCUCGGGUCCAACUUCAAGGCUGUCCAGUUCGACCGUGACGCGGUGGAGAAGCUCCAUGAGAAGGACUUGCUUAUGGACUAUCUCCGCAGCCUGGGACUGGCGAUACCCGAGUCCCAUCGAUGCACCUCGGUGGGCCAGGUGGAGCAGAUCCUGAGUGGAGUGGCCGCGCGCGAUGGAUCGGGAGAUGGUAGUCAAAAGAGAUUCAUCUUGAAGCCUAUCGGCGUGGACGACAAGGCCAGGGCCCAGAUGAUGACCUUGUUGCCCUUGGCUCGCGGUGGGCCAGCCGCGACCAGCUCGUAUUUGGAAUCGCUCAACAUUUCUCCUGAACGGCCUUUCCAACUUCAGCAAUUCAUCCAGGGUCCCGAGUACUGCACUCACUCGUUGGUGGUUCAGGGUCGGGUGAAAGCGUUUGUUGCCUGUCCGUCCUCCGACUUGCUCAUGCAUUAUCAGGCCCUUCCACCCAACUCAGCCUUGAAUCAGAAGAUGCUGGAGUUCACUGAACAAGUGUGCCGUCACGAAGGUGAGUCCUUUAGCGGCCACCUGAGCUUUGACUUCCUUGCGGAAGAGACCGGCGAGGAUGCCACAUUGUACCCUAUUGAGUGCAAUCCACGCGCUCACACGGCAGUUGUUCUCUUCCGAGACACUCCUCAGAUGGCCCGCGCCUACCUGUCCCUCUUUACAGGUCGUGAUGUCCCAGAAUCGGAUGUUCUCGCCACUCCAGCUUCCCCCGUGGACGAUUACUACUGGAUCGGUCACGAUCUGGUCACCUUCCUCAUCAUUCCUGUUCUAGCCUUUGCUUGUGGAGCUGGUAGCUUCUCGGAGGUGCAGAAAGGACUGAAAACUCUCAGCUACCAUCUUGUUUAUUGGCGGGAUGGCACCUUUGCCAUCUGGGAUCCACUGCCGUUCCUCAUUCUGUAUCAUGUUUACUGGCCCAUCCGGUUUGGACAGUCGCUUGCCAGAGGCCAGCAGUGGAGUCGACUCAACGUCAGCACGACCAAGAUGUUCCAGUGCUAG